GUAACUUCCCUGCGACGAAUACUGUGAUAUAACGUAGUUUUAAAGGAAGCUUUCGUUGUUGCGCGAGGCCAGCCUAAGACCAAGGCGACAAUGCAGCUCGGGGGCAGCUUAUUGCGCCCCCUGGCGCUGGUUGUGGUAUGCUUGGCUGUUUCUCAGGCACGGCUACUGGUCGUGAGCCAGACUUCUUUUGGGAAUGGCGCCGGGUCGCUCUAUACAAUUCAGGAAACGGGCAGCAGUGAGGCAGCUUCAGAGGCGACAGCCGAUACCGGUUCCGGCUCGCUGCCUAGCGCACUGUUUGGGCCUGUUUUCAGCUCACCCUUCGCAUGGCUUCAGCAGCAGCUCAUGAUUAUGGAGGCGCUGCAACAGGCCGCGAUGCAGGGCCUGCGCCCCGUUAUGGAAGCCGAGCCGACGGAGCCCGCUCCAUCCACGCACGAGAUGCUUCGUCACGUCGGCUGUGCGCGCAUGCGUGCCGCCAUGCUGGACCAGAUGGCUCGCGAGCGUGCCUGGUCUGAGGCCGGGCAGGGCUCCGCCGGCGCCGUGUCGGGCCGCUCGUCCUCUUCCUCCGGGUCGGCUACGACCCGCCAAGCCGCGGUCGCCGACUACGAUGAGGGCGCGACCUACACCCUCGCGGCCCAAUCCCACAACGACGAUGAUGACGGCUAUAACGAUGACGACGAGUACUAUUACGAGUACUAUGAGGACUACGGCACCUCGCAGCGGCAGCAAAGCAUGAUUGCCAGCAUGAUCGCCGGCAGCGUGGGCCACAUGCUCCGCGGCGCAUUCGUUGACGCCGUCGCUGCCGACGCGCGGGUCAUGCAGCGGCAGCAGCAGCUGCAGAUGCAGAUGCACGAGGUGGCCAACCUGCAGCAGCAGGCGAUGGGCCGCGAGGAGCUGGAGGACUUGAUCGCCAGCAAGGCCGCGAUGCGUAUUGCGGCGGCGCUGGACGCCGGCGGCGGCGUGGCACGCCUGGGCUAUGAGGACAGCGAGGGCGCGGAGCUUGUCAUGGGCGGAAGCAAGGCGGCGCAAAGCUCUCGUGACUUCGUGCAGAGCUUGUACGACGAGGAUUAUGAGGAGGAUGAGGAGGACGAGGAAGAUGAGGAUGAGGAUGAUGACUACGGCGAGGUGGUGGGCAUGGCUGAGACCAUGCUGUCCAACUUGGAUGCUCUGCUGUCGGAUCACGACGACGACGAGGAGGAGGGCCAGCAGGAGCGCGAGGAGCAGCCCGCCACCAGCAAGGGCGACUACGCCCUCGAGCAGCAGAGGAAGUGGGCGGCGGCGGCCCGCGCCGCCUCCACCUCUGCCGCGAACCUGGACGAGUCGGACGAGGCGUGGGAGGACUACCUGGAGCAGUACUACGCCUACUACUCCAUCUACGGCGACGACGGUGACGAGGAGGACAUCUACGACACCUACUACGAGUCCUACCUGGACCCCUACGCCGAGGCCCCGGAUGCUCUGGACAUGCUGGCCAGCCUGGCCGAGCUGAUCGCCUGGAGCUCCCACACCGGCAGCCUGGUGCUGCACCUCUUCCCCAUCGGCGGCAUUGUCAACGGCGGCCGCUCGGCCUCCGUGGUGGCGCCGCAGCUGCAGGAGCCGCAGCAGCUAUCGCCGGCGCAGCUGCAGCUGAUGCAGCUGCAGCGCCUGCGCGAGCAGAGCGACGCGGCGGAGGUGGCGCAGGGCCGCGGCGCGCUGCUGUUCGCGGGCCAGCCCUACGACCCCGCCGCCGCCACCGCCUCAGCCGACCCGUUCAUGCUGCUGCUGAACGGCGAGGAGGGCGAGUCGGCCUCGGCCGGCACCCUCAUCAUCUCCGACCUCAACCUUGCCUGGUUCAACGACGACGGCAGCCUCAACUGGGGCCUGGUGACGCUCCUCAUCCUGACCGCCGGCACCCUGGCCAUGCUGGUGGGCUUCGUGGUCAGCUGGCUGUCGCUGCGCCGCACCAUGCGCACUGCGGUCGUGUAUCCCGGCGGCGCGGCGGCCUGGCGGCGCGCUGGCGCGCGCCGCGUCUGCGCGGCCAAGGCCGGCGCCGGCUCGGAGGGCGGCGAGUGCGACUCGUUGGACAACCCGCUGCUGCUGCUGCCCGAGGACUGCUAUGGUGCUGAGCCGCUAAAGAUCGAGUGCGCGUCCACGUACGUGCCACCAGUGCUGCCCAACGAGAGCGUUGCCAAGGUGCUGUGCAAAUAAACUCUUCCUUUUUUGCGCAUCAAUGGGGCGUAAGUCGUGAGCGUAUGCUGCAACCAGUAGCCCCAGACGUGGGCCCUCUUCUUUUGGUGCAUAGUGCGCUUGUGUGGCGCUUGUGUGAAGCGCGCGGGUAAGGGAAGCAGUUGGCAGUGCAGCAGUGAUUGCACACUACCGUAUCACGUCAGCACCUCGCAGCACGACCUCGAAGCGUUUGCAAACAAUAUUUGUCGAAUCAGGGAAGCUCUGUGCUUGCUUAGUGUGAUUGUGUGCUGCUUUGCUUUGUGGGCGCGGAAAUCCAGGGUGCGCGUUCCAUACGCGCAGCGAUUAGUGUGCUGGUCCUUGUGGCGGCACGUUUGCUUGCAAGCAGGGGUUGUCUGUAUUAUAUAUUGGCGUGUGUAUGGCGAGGUAGCUUUGUUUUGCACAGGGCCACACAGAAACUGCCUCAGUUUCCCUUCCAACGUGCCACCACCUCUCUUAGUUGCUUCCUUUCUCUUGCGAGUGCCUUGGCGAGUGCCUCUUGCAUUGUGGUCAGCCGUCACUGUCUUGUAAGCGAUUACCGGUGACCGAUUUGACUCUGCCAUACAGGAGGUCUUCUGUCUCAUGGCCUUGUGGGCAGGUGGCUGGGUUAGGACCUGGGUUGCCUGCUGCUGAACGCACCACAUGACACAGUGCGGCGUUCGGUGUUAGACUUGCAGCUGUAUCCCUUGUCCUUCAGGACGCUCUCUUGGCGGGAUUCUUCAUAGUAUCACGCGCUUUCGGCUGUAGAGCGGGAACAGGAGUAAGG